GUCUUCGAGACAGCUCAGGGCGACCUUGGAAGCCAGAGGACCUGCGGUCAUGGCUGGUCCAGCGCAGGCCGGUGGGGCUAGGUCCCUAGACCUGCUCCGGGCCUUGCCGCGUGUGAACCUGGCCAAUUUAAAGCCCAAUCCCGGCUCCAGGAAACCGGCCAGGCGACCAAGAGGUCGGAGAAGAGGUAGAAAAUGUGGGAGAGGCCACAAAGGAGAAAAGCAGAGAGGAACCCGACCCCGGCUGGGCUUCGAGGGAGGUCAGACUCCAUUUUAUAUCCGAAUUCCAAAAUAUGGAUUUAAUGAAGGACAUAGCUUCAGACGCCAGUAUCAGCCUUUGAGUCUCAAGAGACUGCAGUAUCUUAUUGAUUUGGGUCGAGUUGAUCCUACUCAGCCUAUUGACUUAACCCAGCUUGUCAAUGGGAGAGGUGUGACUAUCCAGCCUCUUAAAAGGGAUUAUGGUGUCCAGCUGGUUGAGGAGGGUGCUGAUACCUUUAAGGCAAAAAUCAAUAUUGAAGUACAGUUGGCUUCAGAACUAGCUAUUGCUGCAAUUGAAAAAAAUGGCGGUGUAGUUACUACAGCCUUCUAUGAUCCAAGAAGUCUGGAUAUUCUGUGCAAACCUGUUCCAUUCUUUCUGCGUGGACAACCCAUUCCAAAACGAAUGCUGCCCCCUGAAGCACUGGUGCCAUAUUAUACCGAUGCAAAGAACCGCGGUUACCUGGCAGAUCCUGCCAAAUUUCCUGAAGCAAGACUGGAACUCGCCAAGAAAUAUGGUUAUGUUCUACCCGAUAUCACUAAAGAUGAACUCUUUAAAAUGCUCAGUACCCGAAAGGAUCCGAGGCAGAUCUUCUUUGGUCUUGCUCCAGGAUGGGUGGUAAAUAUGGCAGAUAAGAAAAUUCUAAAACCUACAGAUGAGAAUCUCCUCAAAUAUUAUAGCUCAUGAAUUCCCUUCCAGGAAAGCAGAGUUGUUGAAGAGUACCAGAAAAGGGACUAAAACAUACAGAUUUUUCCAGUCAUUUUACAAAGUCAUUUGCAUUUCCCAGAUGUAUAAUUCUUCAACUGUUGAUGUUAGUUGUUAGUGUAAUCAUAUCUCUUCUUCAUUUUCAUCUAAAAUUAAAAUAACACUGCGAAAAUAAGGACUACACAAAGGAACUGACUAUAGGUUGUGUCUUGAAGAUUCAGACACUGCAGGUUGAUUGAAGGACAGUUAUAACUAUUUCAAAAUAUUCCUAGUCUAUCUUUUCCUCUAUGCCUUGUCUUGUUAUUUUUGCAUGUUAGAAUUAACACACAAGUGGAAUGAGGUUGAUUAGUAGGCCCGCUCAACUGAGAUUGGAAUAGGUGCUAAUGAGCUGGUAAAAUGAGCUCCUUUUAAUCAGUAGUCUCAGGGAGCUCUGCUACCCAGUGUCAAUAUGGUGAGCCCUCUGAUCAGGAAUUUGAAUAAGGCUGGUGAAUGACUUCUUUUUUUUUUUUGGUACUGGGGAUUGAACUCAGGGGCACUUAACCACUGAGCCACAUUCCUCAUCCCUUUUUAUUUUUUUAUUGUAUUUUUUUAUUUUUUUGAUGGUAGCUGGAAGUU